AUGAGUUCCAUCCGUCGCAUGUCCCCAACGGACCUCCUCUCCCUGAACCUCACCAAUCUCGACCCUCUUACCGAAAACUACGACCUGGGCUUCUACCUCAACUAUCUCAUGCGAUGGCCCUCGCUCUUCAGCGCCGUCAAGGAUCGUGACGAGGGUGUCGUCGGCUACAUUAUGGGCAAGCUCGAAGAACAACAUCCGUCCAUGCGCCAUUCGGAACACUACACCCCCUGGCACGGACACAUUACCGUCCUGACUGUCGCACCUGCAUGGCGCCGCCUGGGUCAUGCGCGGCGCCUGACGGAGCGGCUGGAGCACGGAUCGGACAUCAACGAUGCCUGGUUUGUGGAUCUGUAUGUGCGCUCGGGGAAUAAGGUCGCCGUGGAUAUGUACAAGGGGAUGGGGUAUUCCGUUUUCCGGCGCGUGGUCAACUACUACAGCGAUGAUCCCACGGGCAUGUCGGACUCGGGUGAGGAUGCGUUCGAUAUGCGCAAACCAUGCAGUCGGGAUAAGAAUCUGCAGCAUGUACGGGACAAAGGCGAGGACUUUUUGGUCAGUCCUGAGGAUGUCUCGUAG